AUGGCGACCUUCAACCACGACAAGAUUGGUGUGUACAUCAUGGCUCUUAAAGACAAGUACCAUCUAUCGGAUGCCUCAAGAAACUCCCCUGGUAUGACGGUGGACGCCGAGCUCCUGGAAGCCAGAGGAUCUGCACUGUUCAAUACGAUCCAACUGUGUACGGCAAUCUCACACGGCUGCAGCGCUGAUUCGGUGAGGAAAUAUCUGGAGCACUAUCGCAACGACAAGGAGGAAUUCCAAGAGAUAGUCGAUCUGUCUACGCCCGCCCUCUACUACGCCAUUGGAAGGAACUCGCCUGAGCUGAUCAACGUCCUUCUGGAUUAUGGUUUCAAUCCAGAGGGUCUCAUGAACCUCACCUACCAUAUCAUUGGCCAACUCCCCGUACUACACGACAUGCAGCAGCGCAUAGCCAACCAAUUGGACUCGAAUCAGGAAUCUCCAGACCCGUUUGUCAUGUUGUUUGCCGGCCCUCCAGGACAUGGCAAAACGGAGCUCGCUGGACAAUUUCGAGACCUGCUAUGCGUCAAACAUAUAAGCAUUUCGUGCGCACAAAUUAUGUCCGAUACCCAACUCCUCCGCUCACAUCAAGGCUAUGAACGCUCAAGUGAUGGUUCACAACUCAACAACCCUCUGUCGCAUCGUCGUAGUGAAUGCUCGGUCGUAUUUCUCGAUGAGUUCGACAAGACUACGCAAGAAGUUCGCGAUUCGCUACUCGCGAUCAUGGAAGACCGUAGAACGAAUCGGGAAGUCGACUGCUCAAAGACGAUCUGGAUACUGGGUGACGAAGCCAUCAAGACGUACUACAACCGAGAGCUCGCGCAUUUGACGGAUGACCACAAGCAAGAGGCGGAUCUCGUGCCUCUCGUAGACGAGCUCAUGGACCUGUUCAAAGGACGCUGGGGAGACGCAUUCGAAUCUCGUGUCGACAAGGUAGUUCCCUUCUUCCCGUUUUCACUCGGCGAGCAAGCUGUCGUAGCGCACAAGCUCCUUCUGAGCAGCGCACCAAAAGUCCGUAAAGACAUCGACUACCGCCACGAAGUCAAGCGACACAUGAGCCACUGCCAUGUCAGCUUCCAGCACGACGGUGAGCUCUGUAUUCAUCUAGCAAAGAAAGUUACACUCCCAGGGUUAGAGCACGCGGACUGA